CGCAUGCGUAUUGAAAAUGUCUGUCAGCCGAUGUUAAACCGCAAAUAUUCUAUUUUAUUGAACAAGUUCUUGAUUCAGAUUCGAUAUUUCGGCACUAGUAGUUUCAGGCGAUUUUAUUUAAACACAAUCAAGAUAGGCUAUAUAGCACUGAGCAGGCUUCUCGUAUGUAAGGAUAAUUUCACAAUCUCCAUUGUAUUGUUGUGACCGUGACCAAAAUGGCGACGGCUGCAGAAAUCCGACAGCCGGGGCCGAUGUCGAUGUCGAUAACAGACGAUGGAGAUACAGAGCAAUUAGAAGAAACAAUCGGAUAUGACAAGACAGAAAAACAAGGCUCACUGGAUGUUAGCAUGGCUUCUACUGGGCCAGGAGCUAAAGGUCUACGAGACAGAAAACUGGGUCACAGACGUGUUGAUCAUGCUGGUGUAGUUACUUAUAAAAAGAAACCUACUAGUGAGCUUAUGGCUGCUAUACAGUUAGGUAUGGGACAAAGUAUUGGAGGUUUAUCAUCGAAACCAGAAAGAGAUGUAUUGAUGCAAGAUUUUGCUGUGGUAGAAAGUGUCUUCUUUCCAAAAGAAGGAAGUAAUUUGACACCAGCACAUCAGCACAGUGAUUAUCGUUUUAAGACGUAUGCUCCUGUAGCUUUUCGUUAUUUUCGUGAAUUAUUUGGUAUUCAACCAGAUGAUUUUAUGAUGUCAUUAUGUGAUGAACCAUUACAAGAAUUAAGUAAUCCUGGAGCUAGUGGUAGUAUAUUUUAUAUAACACAAGAUGAUGAAUUUAUUAUAAAAACAGUACAGCAUAAAGAAGCUGACUUUUUAACUAAACUUUUACCAGGAUAUUUUUUGAAUCACAGUCAAAAUCCCAGAACAUUACUGCCUAAAUAUUAUGGUUUAUAUUGUUAUCAGUGUGGAGGAAAGAAUAUUCGAUUUACUGUUAUGAAUAAUUUACUGCCAUCAUCAAUAAAAAUGCAUGAGAAAUAUGAUCUGAAAGGUAGUACGUACAAAAGAAAAGCAUCCAAAAGUGAACGUGCCAAAUCAAAUCCUACUUUGAAAGAUUUAGACUUUAAUGAAAAUCAUCCUGAAGGUAUUCUAAUGGAAAAAGAAUAUUAUGAUGCUCUUAUAAAAACACUUAACCGAGAUAUUAGGGUUUUAGAAAGUUUUAAGAUAAUGGACUUCAGUUUAUUAGUUGGUAUACAUAAUCUAGAUGCUGUGGAAAGAGAAAAGGGACAUACUAGAGUUGUAUCAGAAUGUAGUGAAUAUGAUUCAGGUUAUCCACAUCAAGAUUCUGUAGACACACAACAGGGUAAAGUUAAUACAAGUUUACAAAGAGGGAAGUCUUUUAAAACACGAUUAGCUCAGUAUUCAACAGCUCUUGAAUCAAUCACAGCCAAAACAGAUAUAGAAGAAAAUGAAGAUGAGAACUUUCCACCUGGAGGCAUCCCAGCUAGAAACCAAAAAGGAGAUAGAUUAUUGAUAUAUCUUGGUAUUAUUGACAUUUUACAAUCAUAUAGACUAAAAAAACGACUAGAACAUCAAAUCAAGUCUCUUGUCAUAGAUGGGGAUACCAUCUCAGUACAUAGACCAGGUUAUUAUGCCAACAGAUUUGCAUCAUAUUGUGCCACAAGAGUCUUCAAAAAAAUACAAACUCCUUUAAAGCAUUCUCCUUCAAAGAAGAAAGGAUAUGCAGGAAGAGCUCGAGCUCAGACAACUAUACCAGAACAAACAGAACCAGGCAGUGCCAUACGUAAAGUACCAGAAAAAACACAGAGAACCAUCAGUUUCUCUGAUGAAUACAAUCCGUCAGUAGCUAUGAGUGGUAAACCAGAUUUAUUACCUGAUGCUUCUAAUGAUACAAAAUAUCAGUCUAAUCCCAGUAUAACAGAUAUACCAACAACUCAACAAUCAUCUAAUAUAAAUAACAAAGGUGAUCGACUCAACAAAAGGAAUUGGUACAGGUCAGAAGUAAUGACAUCAGUAGUAUAUCGUUCUGACGAUUCUAUGAGGAUAGCUUCAGCAAUUCGUAAUUCUCCACCAUUGAGCCUGUCCGAGUCGACUCCUACCCACACAGAUCAUACCGAGGGCACGCCUAGUUUUACUACCUCCAGUCCAAGUUGUUCAAGUGAUGUUCUUGGUAACCUUUGUAAUAAGACCAGUCGGCACGAUUUUACUACAAAUACAGAUUCAGGCUUGUCACCAGCCUCUCUUAGUCCAGAAAAAGCUUCCCCUUCCAAAAAAGCAAGCAGCAGUGAGGCAUCAUAUUCCAGUGCUCUAGAACAACAAGUGUCAUCUAAUGUUCAUACAGAAAAGGAAGAAGUGUGAUAUUCUGCAGACACAUUUAUAACUACAAUUAGACUUAGUGAUUAGACUAUAUGGGAGAUAAAAGCACUGUGUAGCUAGGAUUUAGCAGUAAACACAUGUGGACAGAUUGUGAUGUCUGUGUCCAUAUCUAUGUAGGCAUAGAUCUACUUUUGCGGCUUUUUGGAAUUUUGAUUUUGUUAUGUGAAAUGAUAUUACUCAGCUACCUGUUUUUCUGGGAAGACAUGGAGACUAAACAUACAGUGUUAACGAAAUAAGGACAUUCUUCAAAUUGUGAAUGGGCAGGAAUGUAACAGUGUAUCAUGUGCAAACGGAAUAGAUCCUGCUGUUCUCGGAACAAAUCAAGAGAUAUUAAUAUUUAUGUUAUAUAACAGUGACAGUAGUCCACACUUAGUUUUUUUUUUUUUUUUAAAAGAACAAUGGAAUUCAACAGUAUUGUUGACUAUAUUUUGAAUGUGUUUUGUUUUUGUUCUAGAAUCUAGAACACCUUUGUAUCUGAUAAACUAUUAUGUUAUAUUUAUACUGUAGCAACUCAUACAAAUAGCUUUCUAUACACUUGUGUAUUAUUCAUUCCAAUAUUUCAUAUGAAGAUUUUUUUUUUGUAUUUCAUAAAUUGUAUACAUACGUAUGUAUGUGUAGAAUAAAUGUUUCUAUGAUGAAUAGUAUGCAGUUGUAAUAAUGUAAUGGAUGGUAAUAAAGUAUCAUACAUUGAAAGUCAUUGGUUGAAAUAUGUAUGCUUAGAUUAGUUUAGAUCAUGUGCAAUCAAAGUAAUUAAACUAUCCAGUUGCCAGUAGGAGCUUUGGAUCUAUUACAUAUAAAAUUAAAAGAAGUUAAAUUCUUACAAUUUUUAUCAAGGAAUACUGUGUUUCAAGAUUUAGACCAGGAUCCUGUUUCAGGAAGUGUACAUAAGCUGUAUACACGUGAAUUCAGUAGAGUUGUAUCAUAAAAUGUUCAGUGUGAUUAAGCCUUGUGUAUGCUUUGUGGAACAGGUCCCAUUACACAAAGCAUGUUGUAAUGUGGAUACAGUACAUGUACAUGGUGACAGUAUGUAUGUAUCUUUUUAAAAAGAUUUAGGUAUAUAAACUUAAGGUGUUUAAUAAAAAAAACUUUCGCAACAAAACUUAAAUCCCUUUAAAUUUCUAGUAAUGUAAAAAAUAAUAUUUAAGAAGGCUACAACACAAUGUUUUAAUAUACAGUGAUUUUAAAUUACAAGCAAAUUUAAGCGAUUUAAAGUAUGUAAAUGUGUUCAGAAGACAUUUAUGGUCUAUAUAGACACCUUUGUGUAUCUUAUUUUGUAUUGACCUCAAUUUCACAUUGUUUGAAUAUUAUGACAUAAGGUUUAUGAAUGCCCCGUGAAACGUGCCAUGGUGGCAACAGCUCCAGUUUAUUUUUCGAACCAUUUCUUAUUGUAUAAAGUGGUAGCAAAGUUUGCAUGGCUUAAUUCAUAACAUAUAUAGUACAUCAUCUAUAUUAGUAUUACAAGCAUGAAUAUUUUGUACUAAGUCUACAGUACAAUGAAUAAAUAUAUCAUUACACCUAACCAUGGCAUUUAUUAAUAAUGUUACAAACUGUAAUUAGGUGCACAAUUAAACAUACUAAUUAAUAUUCAUUUAUAUAUAACAUGUACAAAAACACAUUACUCAUCCAAAUUUGAUCAGUAAUUGCCAAUUUUAUCAAAUUCCUAUAAUCAGUAUUUGUAGUGACAGGUGACAUUGGAAUUUUCUUAAAGCCACAGAUUCCUAGACUAAUAUUGAAUUUCAGAUCAUAAACAAUAAAAAGAGGUCUUGCCAGAAAGCAUAUUAGUUCAGAAAUUAUAUUAAUAUCAGUCCUAAUGUGUGUUAUGGCCAUCUAAAGUAUCAUUACUUUCUGUUGAUUUUACACCACCAUCUGUUUCAACUUGAAAUAUAUAUUAAGUGAAGUAAUAAAUGAUCAUCGGUUUCUAUGCAUAAACAGCGAGGACACGAUGACAUGACAUAUAAGGCUAUGUGUUUUGUUUAAAUCUCAAAAAAUACCAUUUAAAGAACACUAUACAGCUCUUUAAUUGUGUUAAAUAAUGAAAUUGAUGAUUAGUCUUCUUGAACAUUGGGGUUUUAAGAUUUGUACAUUUGUAUUAAUUAGAGGCUUUAUCUAUUUUUUUUGUAAAUCUCAUUAGCAUUCUAAUCAACCAAAGUUAGCCAUUACCUGCUGAGCUUUCUAUCAAGAGGUUUUUUAUGGUAUAAAUUGAUAGUAACUCUGUACUCCACACAGUUACCAUCAAAAGUGUUUUAGGACUAUUUAUUAUACUGAUUAAAGCUGCUAAUUGUCAUUUGUAUUUCACAGACAAUAUCUAAUUUGUUUUUUUUUUUGUCAGCAUAAUCCACACUUCAUUUGCCUUUUUUGGUACAGAAAAAUAGGACAUUAAACCCCUUUUCAUAGAUGUUUGAUAUGUAUUUAUUCUGAUUAUAGGGUUAUUUAUCAUAUAGUGAGUACAGGGAUUCUAUAUUUAACCACCAACAGACUUAAAAAUAAUAUCACUGUGCCAGACCCUGUUCAAACUUUCAGUUAGAACGAAAAUGUGUACAUAUAUAGUUAAAUAAUUUCUUAGCAACUAACUAUAUUGAUGUGCAGUGUGUGAAUGAUUUAAUUUAUGUGUGGGACUUGAGUGCAAUUGUAGUUGACAUUUUAUGCAUGGUCUUAGUUUUUUUGUUUUUUUUCUUCUCCAGCCACAUACUCAAAACCCAUUGUAAAUUGCUACAGAUGACUGCUCUUGGUCACUGAUAGUGAUUUGUUCAUGAAUAAUGAGGGUGUAAGAUAUUUCAAUAGCUAUGUGUCAUUACAAGAAAUGUCAACAGUUAUUUAUUAUUUAAAAUAGCUAAAUCUCUAACUCAAUAUCAUCCAAAAUCUUCGACAUUGAAAACACGAUUUAUUUGUCACUUUAAAUCAACCUUGAUGUUGUGAUCUUACUGGGAAAAGAUAACCUUCUGAUAUCCAAUAUUUAAGACAAAAUAAACAUUUUACAAUUGGUACACAAAUCGUGUACCAUAAUGCGUUUCAGUGCUAUUUGUAAUAAGGGACUCGAAAAACGAGGUUAGGCAUAUUCCACAAGUCAUAUCAAACGGUGACGCUAUAUUCUUAUCUGGAGCGCAUGCCCACUAAAUACUAUCAGCGUAGACUGGAAAAACCAGAAUACUGGCGUAUUUCGCUGAGCCUAACUGAUUAGAAAUUAAAGUAAAAAUAGAAACGAUUGAAUGUAAAUCAAUUUAUAUACAUUCAUAUUACAUUAUUGUAUUCGUUGUGAUCCAUUUGUGUCAAUUUCUAGGUCCCAAAUAUUAGCGACUUAGCUCCUUUAACAUUAUAUAUUUGAAAACUGGCUAAUUCAAUAUCAGUCACCUAGAAAUGUUUGUAUUGGCAAAAUGCAAUGGAGUUCUGAGAAUGCCCAACUCCAUCAUUGAUCAAAAUAUUUAUAUAUCAUAGUUUUUAUUUUAACAUAAGUUUUAGUCAUCCACAGAAUGAAUGGACAUUUGAAUACCUGUGAACAUAUUUAUAUUUAUUACAUGUAUAUGCCUUGUAAUAUAGUCGAGACCUUCAUAUCAUAGAAUGUACAUAUCAUUUGCUGUAAGCUUCUGGUACAUAAUUGUAUAAAGGAACACAUAAUGUACAAAUAAAGUAUUUGAAUAGAU